AUGGCUAAUGACACACCGGAAAGCGAUUUCUCAAUAGAAUGUUUUCAAAACUAUUCUGCACCGGAGGUUUUUGUCCAAGGUCUAGCGGGAAUGGUUGAUCAAACUGAUGUUGAAACUAUCAUACGUGCUCAAAAAGUCAUGUUGCAACGUUUUGAAAAAACAACAGAGAUGCUGACAAAUUGUAACCAGCUAUCAGCAAGCCGAUUACGUGCAGCUUCCGCAGAAUUCAAGAAGCACACGCAGCUAUUACUAGAUAUGAAGAAAGAUCUAGAAUUUAUUUUCAAAAAAAUUCGGGCUAUGAAGACUAAGUUAGCGCAGCAGUACCCUGAAGCAUACAAAAUGGCAGUAGCAGCUUCAAUUACUAACAAAAAACCAAUUGAAGUAGAUGAUGAUGAAGAUUUUGGAUCAUCAGAGACCAGAGUGCAAUCCAAGAUGGUGGCUACAGUCUCCACAGAAACCUUAAAACCCACAAGUAGGGAAGAUAGCAAAAAAUCUAAAAAGAAGGAAGUUAAACAAAACCAAGAGGACAAUAAUAUUGAACCAAACUGUAGUAAAGAUGGUGUUGCUAGUGCAGAAACUUUCCUAUUAAUGGGACAAAAAGUUAAAAAAGGCAGCAGUUCUUCAGAAACCGAAAGUGCUAGUUCUGGUGAUGAAAGUAGUACAGAUACUGGUUGA